GAGGAGUGGCAGGGAGGGGAAAUGUUGAACAAUGACUUUAUUAACAAUGAUGCCUGACACGGACAACGCCAGGACCUAACUUUGUCGCUCUCAACCCAGAAUAAACCGUAAAACUUUUCCCGUUUCGGAUUUAAUUCUUUUCAAAGUGCUUUUUUUUUUUUUUUUUUUUUUUUUUUUUUUGUUCCCCUCUCUGUGUAUUUUUGUCUCGUCUAAAUGGAAGUCUGCUAACAAGCGUCAGGCAUGUUAAUCCCGAAGAUCGAAGCCAGGGAGGCCUGCGAUUGGCUGCAAGCGGCCGGCUUCCCUCAGUACGCGCAAUUGUACAAAGACUGCAGGUUCCCAAUCGACGUGGAGCUCGCCAAGAAGGAUCACUACUUCCUUGAUAAGGAUGCUCUGGAUUCCCUCUGCAGGCGGCUGACGACGUUGAACAAAUGUACAGAGAUGAGCUUUGACCUGCCGAAAGCCGCACAUCAAGGCGAGGAAGACUUAAUCGAAGACGAUUACUGCGCUAUCAGCCCCAGGUGGACCCACGAUAGUCAGAUGAAACAAUGGCGGCGCCUGGACUCCUCCACGGACCUUCUCCACUUAUCCGACACCUCAAACCCUUCUCGGGACGUGUCCUUGUGUGACCACCGCGAUGGCCGAGACCACCAUGACAUUUGCUCCAUCCGCAGUUCGAGCAGCACUGACAGCGAAGGCCAAAACCAGAAGAGUCAGAGAGAGGAUACGGACCCCAACAGAAGCGCCACGGACGAUCAGAUGACCAGCCGGAGCUCGUCACGCUGCUCCUCCUCCAACAAGACUCCGUCGCUGGACAUGUCGUUCAGUGGACCCCCGUCCCCCGGAGACGAAAGCGGUAGAGGAUCGUCGACCGUGAGUCUGGAAGCCUACAUCACUGAUAAACCGCCUCGCAAGAAGGGGACCAGCCUACUGAAGAAGAUCGAGAAACUGAGGUUGAAAGGGACGACUGGUCUCGUCCCUGCACCGAGGAACCGUGCAAGUUUGGCUGGGGUGGUCCGAGGCCCUGCGGAGGGAAGGUGGCCCUCGAGCUGUGCGUCUUCAUCGCCGUCGUCCCCGCACGCCAUGAGUAGCAACAGCAGCAACAGCCACUCGGAGAGCAGCAGCACGGUCAGCACGCCGAGCCCGGUCACGCGGGUCCGAAGUAACUGCAAACGUGCCGAAACUGCCGGGGGACCGACCCGCCACAAUAGCAACCACACGGACGCCAUGUGCUACACGGACCAGAUCAACAACAACAACAACAACAACAUCAGCCACGACAGCCUGCUCUUUCACAUCCCCCACGGCCACAAACCGGGCACCUUUCCCACCUCGCUGGCGCACAAACACGCCCUCCUGUCGCCCAUCCCGGACCAAUCCUCCGUCAACUGGAGGACGGGCAGCUUCCACGGUUACCAGGGCCGUCGCAGCGGUCGCCGCGGCGCGUCGUCGCUCGCCGCCUCACCGAGCCCGCCGGACCACCGGCUGAGCGUCUACGAUAAUGUGCUGGACCACCACCAACAGUCUGAAAGCGACGGCGGCAGCGGGGGCAGUGUAAGCGAUGUGGAGAGGGUGGGAGAUGAGGUGACUCAACUGUUGGGCGGCGAGGACGUUUUCUCGGCUUUAGAUACCGUUUUGGAAAGGAUCAACGACCUGCAGCAACUGGUGUCCACUUGGACCGAGAGUCUGUCCGAAGACGACUGUCGGCGCGAUUCCUCCUCCGCCUCUUCUUCGACGUCGCCUUGCUCCCACAACUCGCCGGCCAACAGUUCCACCGCCACCUCCCCCUGCCCGUCCUCCCCUGCCCACAUCCACCUGGAGGUGCGGCAUUCGGAGGAGGAGGAGGGGGAGGAAAGCUGCGAGAAGUCGUCCGUGAGCGAAGACGAGUCCAAGACCAGAUCGCCACAAGAUAAGAGCAGCCGAGCGAGUCAGCAUCUCCACUGGUCCAGCGAGCAGAGCCUGCCCUCCCUGCCGGCCAGUCCGGCUCUGGAGAACCAGUCCGUCCCCCAGUUCGCGCUCCUUCAGAAGCUGGCCCUGCUCAAACUCACUGCCCUCAUGGACAAACACUCGCCAUCCAGCAAGCAAGGCUGGAACUGGUGCGUUCCGAAGCCGUCGCUGCGGAAGGGCAAGACGCCACCCGUCAAGGCCAGGCGGGUUUUCGGCGUUCCUCUUCUAGUCAACGCGCAGCGGACCGGAGAGUCGCUCCCGCCCGCCAUCCUCAAGGCGCUCGUUUACCUCAGGACGCGAUGUCUGGACCAGGUGGGUCUUUUCCGGAAGUCGGGCUCCAAGUCUCGGAUCCAGCAACUGCGCGAGAUGCUGGAGUCCGACCCCGACGGCGUCGCCUACGACGGUCAGUCGGCCUUCGACGUGGCCGACUUGGUCAAGCAGUACUUCCGGGACCUGCCUGAGCCCGUCUUCACCCUCAAGAUGUGCGAGUCCUUCCUCCACAUUUACCAAUAUUUCCCCAAAGAUCAACAGUUUCCAGCGGCCCAGGCGGCCAUCUUGCUGCUGCCCGACGAGAACCGCGAGGCGCUGCGCACGCUGCUCGUCUUCCUGCGCGACGUGGCGGCGAGCGUCGCCGAGAACCAGAUGACGCCCACCAACUUGGCCGUGUGCCUGGCGCCGUCGCUCUUCCACCUCAACGCCGCCGCCGCCGUCGCCGCCAGGUCGAAUCACAGGAAGUACAGUUUGGGCCGCCCGGACCAGCGCGACCUAAGCGAGAACUUGGCCGCCACGCAGGGCCUGGCCGACAUGAUCGCGGAAGCCCAGAGACUUUUUGAGAUUCCGGAGUUUUGGCCGGCUUUCGACCUGAGCUUCGCGGCGCCGACCGAGGAGUCGACCGGGGAAGACCUGGAGGAGAAGCGGAGGAAUCUGCAGCGGAGUACGCGGCUCCUCCUCAAGGAAGCCACGGAGAAAAACCGAGUCUGGGAGAGCCGGCCCGCUCCCGAGAAUGUGGCGCUGGCCGUCAAGAAGACGUGGGACGGCUGCCCGCUGUGGACGUGGCGCGGCUCGGUGGAGGUGGACGCCGCCCAGGAGGUUCUGCUCCGCCGGCUCCUGGAGGAGCGGCACCUGUGGGACGAAAACCUGCGUCAGGCCGCCGUCCUCCAGACAUUGCCCGAGGGCGCCCACGUCUACCGUUACCUCCUCCAGGGCCCCGACGCCGGCCUUGCCUCCUGCCUGCCCCGGGAGCACCUGCUGCUCAGGACAUGGCAAUCGGACGCCUCCGUCGGGCCGCUGUAUGUGUCGUCCGUGUCCACGCAGUACCCCGACGUGCCCCUGGAGGGCGUUAGAGUGCACACGCACGCUUGCCUCUACCUCCUGGAGCCUACAACAGCGAGCAAGACCCGGCUGACGCACUUGUGUCGAACUGACACCAGGGGGCGCUCUCCGGCGUGGCACCGCAAAGUCGGCGGGCAUCGAAUGGUCGCCGCUCUGCUCGCCAUCAAAGCGUCGUUCCGAGACCAGCGCAAAGAGACCAGGAUAUGAGGGACACUUGUCGGCCAUGUUGGAGGGAGGGAUUUUUUUGUUUGUUUUUUUUGGUUGUUGUUGUUGAACACUUCAAAAAAAUAAGUCCUUGCACCCUCCAAAACUGCAGGAAAGACAAACCGGGACCUGUCAUGCGCUUAUUGCCUUGGGGGGUUUCCCCACUCCCCCCCAACGAGGCUCAAAUUCACAAAGACAAGCGACAAAAAGGACAGCUCUGGAAAAUAAAGUCAACGAGACGGCAAUUGUGCGGUCGCGGCGGAAAACAAACGCAGGAAGUCGAGACGAGGGCAAGCGCGGGAAGUCAACAGGACAGAACCCGGAUCCAACAACGACGACAUCUACCUCUCCACUUCCAGCUGAGAAUGAACAAAUAUAGCGACGAUUUCCACCUGGUUUUCAAAUCCACAAAUUUAUCAGCGGCUCUCAAUCAGCCGUUUUACAUUUAUGCUUGCGAUGGAGACACUGCCGCCUAGUGGCUGGAGGACGUUAAUGUCUAGAAAACGCGUGACCUUUGUCUUAAAAAAAAAGCACAAUUCACAAAUCCACGCGCAUUUAACAACAAAAAAUGUAAAUCUAUUUGUGGAUCUGAAAAAAAAUAAGUGUAAAUCGCGGAUAUAUUUGUGUGAAUAAUUUGGAGACAAAUCUCUCCCCGAAGAGAUUUGACGACGCGUCAGCGCCAGUUCGUCGGCGCGAGGAAACCAAUCAGCUGUUAUUUAAUGUAACUAAUAAGAGAUAUUUAAGAUUUUGAGUGCGUAAGGGUUUAAGCGGUCGGAGCCAAGCGUCUGAUUAAAUGAUUUUUUUUCUCUUUUCGAUAACCUGCUUCUUGUCUUUUUA